UAAAAAAUAUAAAAAAAUUAACAAUACAGUAUGACAUUACCUGGAAUUGGAGUAUUUGGUACAGGAAGUAUUGUUAGAAUAAUAAUUCCCUUUUUAAGAGAAAAGGGUUUUAGAAUUGAAGCUAUAUGGGGACGCACAUUAGUAGAAGUGUCAGAAGUUGCAACUGAUCUUGAAAUACCAUUUCAUACUAGUCGAAUUGAUGAUGUACUUCUUAGAAAAGAUGUUGAUUUAAUUUUUAUUAUGUGCUCUCCUAGUUUACAUGCACAAAUUGCAGUCAAAGCAUUAGGAAUAGGAAAACAUGUUGUAUGUGAUAAACCUGCUGGUUUAAGUCAAAAUGAAGCCUUAAAAAUGGUACGAGCUGCACAAUAUUAUCCUUCUUUAAUAAGUAUUGUUAAUCAUAGUUUAAGAUUUUUACCAGCAUUUGUUCAUAUGAAGAAAGCUUUGGAAGAGGGAUAUUUAAAAGGUCCUGUAAAUGUUAUAGAAGUUAGAGUACACAUGGGUAGUUUGUUACAUAAUGGAUAUGAUUGGUUGUGUGAUGAUACAAUGGGAGGAGGAAUUUUAGCUUUAGUUGGAAGUCAUGUAAUUGAUUUAAUUUUUCAUUUAAUUGGUCAACGUGCUUCAAGAGUACAUGCUGUAGUUCGAACUUUCACUCAAACUACAAAACAUAUAAAUGGAAUUAGACAUGUAACAUCACCAGAUUUUUGUAGUUUUCAAAUGGAAUUGAGUGGUGGUACAUUGGUAACAACAACAUUAAGUAAUCAUUUACAAGGUCAACUUUCUCAAGAAAUAUUAAUAUGUGGAGGAGGUAAUCAUCUUCUUGCACGUGGUGGAGAUUUAUAUGGUUGUUGUAAUGGACAAGAAGAAAUAUUAUAUCAUGAUAUAGAUAAUUUACAUGAUAUAUCAUUUUCUAUUGCUGAUUCCAUUCCAAGGCCAUAUAUUAAAGGAUUAAGGAAAAUGAUUGCUGCAUUAAGAGAAGCUUUCCAAUCUGUUGAAGAUAAAAAAGGUUGGAUAAAAGAACCAGUAUUUUCUGCAUCAUCUUUUGAAGAUGGUUUAUAUGUACAAGCAGUUAUUGAUGCUUUGCGACAAAGUAAUAAACGACGAGAAUGGGUAAAAGUUAAUAUUUUAACAGAAGAACCAGAUCCAAAUCCUUUGUUAAGUGCAGCUGUUAGAGCUACAGCUAUAUCUAUAUAAAAUAAAUUAUUUCACA